UUAUGUCACUUGAAAAUCCUGGCUUACAACUUAACCAGAACGUUAUAUUGGUCGUGUAACGUGGUGGCGGGGAUAGACAUACAUACUGAUUAACAUUAACUUUUAUGUCUAUGUUAAAAAAAUCGAUAAACGCGUCAAGUGCAGCCGGAAAGAUUAAGUUGCCAUGUUUUCGACCAUUUCGCACUGACAGUUAUUGCAUUUUGAAUUUCUGCUGGAUUUAAUUAGUGCCUCUGGAGUACGGCACUUUGUGUCGAAGGUAUAGAAAUAUUCCAUUCAUCUUGCUUUUAGCGUACAUUUCGCGGGCUAGCAAGCAAAAGCUACUGGUAUUAUCGUAUAGGACGGAUUUUCCUCUCCAGUUUCCUGUGUUGGCGGUCACGUUGCAAGGGAAGACCAGUAGGCAGAGCUGUCGGUAUGUUGCACCUGCUGGCAGAUGAUGGACAGAUUAAUUUAAUAUAUGUGUCGUCUGCCAGUCAUUUUCACGUCUGCCAUUGCCGUCUGCUUCGAUUCGUACAAAUUGUUGCGGCCGAUAUUUGUGUGACUCGCUCGGUUAUUGUUGGAAAUAUCUUACCUUACCCUGUUAAAGCAGCCGUGAACGGACACAUAAAAGGAGUGGUUGCGCUCUGGGCCGUGAUUUGAUUUGAUGGGAAUUUAAUUUUGUGCGUCUUUGUUGAAAGGAAUGCCCGCGUUAAUAUAUUUUCGCCAAUUAGAGACCUGACGUUCGGGGAACAUCAAAGACAUCAGUUCAAAUGAGGACAUUCCCUUUUUUCCCAUUCAUAAUAAUACCAGUGGUCUGAGCUGAUAAAGAUAGCUUCGUUGUGUGCGUGUGUGUCUCCCGCCUCUAUCUAUCUACUAGUAUCUCCCUCUCGUCUGCUUUUCGUAGCAGACGACAGUCAUAGGACUUUUUCGUUAGUGAAAACCUAAACUGCAAAAUAAUGAUGUCAUUAUGUGAGUGCUGUCUUAAGUAUUAUCGCCAGUGGAUUAGUUGUGUCUAGGUUUGGACAGCACGAUUCAGCUCACGAUGACUGACGUGGAGCUGACCCAGAUUCGACCUCUUCCGUCCGAGGGGCAGACGAACAUGGGGUCGUCUCAGACUGGACUCCUCAACAACUCUCUCGGUGAUGGCCGCCAUGCAAACGGAAACAGUCAUUCGCAUCCGGAAACCGAAACUUUUAUCAGCCAGCCUCGCCGACCGAAGACCUGCACACACAUGCUGUGCAAGGAUCGUAAACGGAGACUCAUAGUGAUAGUGUCCAUCAUCGUGGUGGUUGUUCUCAUAGCCUCUGUGUGUGUUGGAAUAUACUCGAGUGUCAACGCAGAGCGAGGACGCUCGUCGUCCGGCGAUGGAAGCGAGUAUACAGUCGUGAUCACAAAUCUGCCGGGAGCUACGUCACAGCCGCUGAAUCCUUACCUAAUCGCGGUGACAAGCUUCAAGUCAUUCCCCGACCCGGGGGACAGUAAGCUGUUCGAGGUGACGUUCGAAAACAGAACGACUCUCACGGUGAACGGUCACAAGACCGGGGACGCGACCGUGUUUUCCUUGUACUCCGUGACUAUCAGGAACGUCAGCGGGGACGAGUGCCAGAUCAGAUUUAAAGGGCAGCAAAGCUUUGCCUCUGUGAUGCUCCCCGAUGGUGCAAUAAUUAACUACGACUGGUCGCACGGAUUCCACGAGAUGGAAAUCAAAAUAUUUUCCUUGCCAAGCGCCAAGACCAACUCGUCCGUUCCCCUAUCGCACGCCGUUUCAGUGGAUCUCGGUCACUAUACAACCAGGUUCUACCGAAUCUCAAAGACAAUAGCAGACGUAUCAAAACGCCCGCCUCUCGGCGACUUCACGCGCGACGUCUGCGCGUCGCGCCUGCCGCUGAAGGUAACAAAAUGCGGCGGGCAGUACCCGUACGAAGGAGCAUUCAUCAGAGGUAUUCUGACGUCAGAACAGGACUACCAUCAGACGACAUCGGCGUUGCCUCUUGAGAAGGACGAGGAUGAAUGUUUUUCCCAGUCCUCGGUUGACAAUACGCCGAAUUUUUACUUGCCUCUGCCCAACACUUUGCGACAAAAGGAAUCGUGGAAAAACACCUUCUGUGCCAGCGGGGCCAAACUGUUUGCCCAGUUGUGUUCAGCCAUUGAUGGCACCGUCCCAGAGAUGGAUGGAGAUAUGUGUUUGGAUGUCUCGAAGAGAGUGCAAUUCAACCACUUCAACAGGCAGCAGGAUAUUUUCAAAAGCUGCUAUUCGGUGUUCCAUUCCUUGCGCCUUAUGUGUUCAUCUCUCGGAUACUCCACGUCAAAAUCAAGAACUGUGAAUCUCAUGGACUUCGGCUGGUCUGAAUCUGAUGCGUUCUACAGCCUGUGCGAAAGCAGUCAGUCACUUCCGAACAGUGUGCCAGCUUCGAAGAUUAACUUGAAUAUUUUCACGUAUUGUCCGUCCGUCCCUCCCGUAGAAUGGUACAGUCAAACAAUAGAUCUGACUCAAAAUCAUUCCAACAGCCUUCAGAGUAUGCUUCAUCUCAACUGUUUCCCAUCACCGGAAGUGACGUAUCUCUACCUCGGACACAAGUUAAGUGGGGUGCGAUCAUCCAGUCCGACUCUGGACCGACUGAAGCACAUAUUUAAGAUCUGUUCUGUGUGCUCCUUCCACGAAACCAUCCAAGUCCAAGUCCUCCUCGACGAAAGCACGUGCCGAAACACGUGCUCUGACAAUGAUCUUCUGGAGAUUGAACCAACGGAAUUCCCGAAGGAGGUUAUGACUUACGACCAACAUCGCAGCGUGUACUGCCACAGUUUCUUAUCUCUGUACGACAACCUUCUUACGCCGGUUGACAAAAAAUGCGUCAGCGAAUGUCGUUCAAAAUUUACCGUGGAAUUCAAGAUGUUCAACUCGAAACAUUUGUACUACCACCAGGUCUUAAUGUGUUUUCACGAAGAAGGUUUAUCGUGUAAAAUGACUUUUGGAAAGUAGUAUAUAAAUUAUGUGGUUAAAUUAUACUUUGUGUAUUAAUUUUUUAAGUUAUUAUUUGUAAAUGUUUUAAACUGUGGAAUAUAAUAUCUUCUUAAAUCUUUUUUUCAUACGCGUAACAUAUGCAAAUCUUUAUUAGCAAGUAUGCUUUAAAACUAGCAGUUGGCUAAUUUGGCUACUGUUAAAUAUGUUAUGUUUAUUAUUCCGGACUAUGCUAUAACAUGUUUAUAGACUGCACUCGGACUCAAACUUAGUUUAAGUAAUUAGAGUCACAUUUAGAAACAAAGUGUAUGUACACGUAGUACGAGUCUUUAAUUAAUUAAGCUUUAAACCAAUACUUUGACACCGAGGCUCGAGUUCAGAUUUACCUUUCAGUGAAGAGCCUAGAAGUUGUGUUUGGGCCUUGGAUUCGAACUUAUAUUUUGGACGGAGUUCGACUACGUUUGGGUCUUGAAUCCAGACUUACAUUCGAGGGUCGGGUCCAGAAGUUAUGUUUGAGUUUGGGACUCCGAGUUCGAGCCUGGUGUCACGACGUGUACUAGAUUCUUGAGCCUCAAGUUUCAGAUGUAUUUGAGGCUGGGGUCCAGACGAUAUGUUUUUAAACCUCGAGUCCAGCUUUCUUUGGGCCUCAGGUCCAGAAUUAUGUUUGAGCCUUCAAAAGUAUGUCUUGAGACUGGAGACCAGUCUAAAUUUCAUAAACAUGGAAUCAGAA